GUUACGCCCCUUGUUUGGUAUCCUUGAGAAGUUUUAUGCUCCCAUCUCAGACCUGCCAGCUAAGGGUAAAAAAGAAUCCAUAAUGAACAUUAUUUACAGGAAUUAGGCAUGAGAUAGGUUAUGUGAAAUAGGAGACAGCCGUGGUAGAGCAGAGGAUUUCUAACAAACAUAAAAAUUCAUUAGGUUAACAGGUGCAGUUAGGGAUGUGCUGGAGCCAGGGGUAGCGAAAAUAGUUACUAGCUUUCCACCGCGUUCCCUAGUGCAUCUGAUAGGAAUGGCUCAGGGUAAAUUACACGUCCUAGCAUACUUGAUCAUUCUUACUGUUUCGCCAACAGUUGUUCAUCCAGAAGGACUCUCCUGUGCAAUGUACGAAAAUACCUCUUUUACUGUUGGAUUUCCUAUGGCAACAUUUGGAGAUAUAAAGGAACCAGGGAGAGUACGAUGCAAUCGCAGCAACUGUUGUGUGGGAGUAUGGACUUUUUACAAUGGACAGCUGCAGCCUUUUGUUCUAGGCUGCUUUCCAGCACAUGCUGAAUGCAGGUCUGAGAUUUGUGUUCCAGAGUGCAAGAAUGCCAUGUAUCGAUGUUUAUGUUCUUCAAAUAUGUGUAAUGCCAACGUCACCUUUUCACACAAAUCCCCUGCUCCUGAACCAAAAAGACGCGCACACUGGAACGACUCCUGUGAUUGGACGACACCUGUGUGGGAGCAACCAAGGAAUGCAAGCAACUCCAGUGAUCAUGUGGCCAUACAUGCGGCAAUGAUAAUCAUUUUGGUGGCAUUGUGCGCAUCUGGGAUAAUUAUAGCAGUAAAGUGGGGAGUGAAUGCUUUUUUGGCCAGAAAGGAGGAUGAGUUAGAACUUCAAGAAAUGCCCACUUUACAGGAGAGUGGACCACCAACAAUGCCUGUGGAGGGUCUUAUUCUGCUUCAGGCUCUCAGAGAGGAUCUCUGGCUUGGUGCAUUAUCUGAGAGAGGUGUCAUUAUAAAAUGUUUUCCACCACCAAUGAAAGACCUGUAUAGUCAGGAGUGGAGGAUUCUCAACCUGUUGACUCCUCUGCAGCAUGAAAACAUAGUUUGCCUCCUAACUGCUGGAACUGGAUCUACAGGUGUGCUGGAGCAUCAUCAACUGUUAGUCCUGCAGCAUUACCCUGAGGGAUCUUUGAGGAGCUACUUGACUGUUCGAACCACUGACUGGGCUACAGCCUGCCGAAUGGCCUUUUCACUAAGCAGGGGACUGGCUUUUCUCCAUGCCAACAUUAGAAAAGAACACAUAUGUAAACCAGCUAUUGCUCACCGAGAUCUGAGCAGUGAAAAUAUCCUGGUGACAGCUGAUUCUUCUUGUGUCAUAUCAGACUUUGGCCUCUCUGUGGUUUUGGAGGAUUAUCAAAUGAAGAAGAAUGGAAAUGAUCCAGCUGUACUAAACAUGACAGGAACACUCCGCUACAUGUCUCCAGAAAUGCUGGAUGGCUCCCUGAAUCUUAUGUCCUGGGAACUUGCCCUAACUCAGGCUGACGUCUAUUCCUUGGGUCUCCUGCUCUGGGAAAUAUUCAGUCGCUGCAAUGAUUUGUAUGCAGAUCACCAGUCUCCAGAAUUCCGUGUGGUCUUUUCAGAGGAGUUGGGGCCAAACCCUUCCUUGGAUGAGCUGCUAUCAUUGGUAGCGGAGAACAAAAGGCGGCCACAACUGCCUAAAAACUGGAGAAGAAAAAAACUCCAACUCUACAAGACAUUAUGGGAAACUCUGGAGGACUGUUGGGACCCGGACUCUGAGGCCCGUCUAACUGCCCAGUGUGCUGAACAAAGACUGCAUAACCUCGCUACCCACAGCUUGCCAUCAGAGAACAGUCUUUCACACCGCUGAGCCUUCAUAAUAAUUUUUUGCAAUUUAAGGAAAAAAGAUGUACUUGCAUAUUUGUAUCCCUUAAACUCAGGUCCAACUGAUAUAGAGAUAAUGUAUAAAAUAAGGAGAUUGCAACAGGAACAAUAUGUUGUGUAAUAUGGUGCAAAUGCAAAAAGAAUUAACAUAUCAGGUACAAACUAAACUUGACACGAUAUUUUCGUUUGUGUGUGUUUUAGUUUUAGAUUUAGUAGGGUUAGGACCUUUUCCAGUUUUAAUAGCUACAUGUCAUGGUGACCCCCACAGGGAGUAAGCCAAAGUUCCCAGUGGGGACACAGCAAUUAAAGCUGAUGGUAGUUGGAACCCUUCUCCACUGUGUUAAAGCAUUUCAAGUUAGCCCAGUGUAGAUAAAAGAAAACAUUCCAAAUUGAAGCACAAACAGCAAUAACAUCUUAACAAAGGUUCCAAACCUAUACAAAACAAAAAAGUUUUGGUGGGGGUCCUACUUAGUAGUGUAUUUAGGUUUUGUGAUGCCCUAGGCCUGAC